UUUAAAAGCUAAUACUUACCGUAACAUUUCUAUUUAUUACUUAAUAAUGUAAAAAAAAUAAACAUAACCUUAUCAAAUCAUAGUUUUGAUAAGAUUUAUUAUCCCAAAUUAGCUAGUCAUUUCAUUACGUAUCUCAAUGAAACGAAAAUGUGUAUCCUCUUCAUUUAUAUUAACCCCAACCCGGAACCAGGACAAUUCCGAUUAAUAAUAGCUUCAAAUCGGGAUGAAUUUUAUAAUAGACCAUCACAAAUCAUUUCAAAAAGCAACGAUGUUAUUGGAGGUCGAGAUCUCUUCGAAGGAAGAAAAGGAGGAAUGUGGCUUGGAAUUUCAUUAAAACCAACCGAACAAGCAAAGUUACGUUUUGGUGCUUUAUUAAAUGUAACCGGAGAAGAUCGUAAGCAUGGAUUGAAAGGUCGAGGUUUUAUAGUGGCUGAUUACCUGGAAGGUGUGCAAAAAGUCGAUGAUUAUAUGCGCGAACUUUUGGCAUCCGAAGAACCGUACAACGCGUUUAAUUUUGUUAGUGUCGAGCUUCAAGAUGGCGAAAGCGUUUUAAGUCAUUGUAGUAAUGUUCCAAAAACGUUUUCCAAAUUUACCGGGAAAAAUAUUAUGGGAUUUGGAAAUACCGUUCCUCCUAAUUCCCCCACUAAAGUUAUUAAGGGAAAGGAGAAGUUUGAAGAGAUUGUUAAUACUUUUAAUUUGACUAAUAAAAAGGGGGAAUUGUUGAAGGAAUUGUUGGAAUUUUUGAAAUGGGAUUAUCCACACUUACCAUGUCCGGAAUUAGAAAAACGACAACCAAUUUUUUACAAAUACCUCGCAUGCGUUUAUGUAAAAGCGAUCGAAGUUAAUUAUGGCACAAGAACCCACAGCAUAAUUUUGGUGGAUAAUGAAUGGAAUACGGAAUUUUUUGAGGCAACAAUGCAAGAUCCCAUCAACAUUGAAAACCCCACGUGGGUAACAAACACAAUAAACGCAAAACUUUGAUGUAACAAUUAAUAAUUAAAUAGCCUCUUUUAACCCUAAA